UGCACUUGCUGUGGAGAACAGAAAAAAAAACAACAUUCCAAGAAAUUUUGUUAAUACAUGCCAAUGCAGUUUUAUAUGAGAAGGGAUAGCUGCAUUCAAGAGAAACUGCAUUUACCAGGAUAUCUACAGUGAAGAAAACAUCUCAGACCUCACGACCAACAGCGGCCACAGCUUGGCUACGAAGCUCCCAGUUACUCAUUCCCACGAGAGAAAAGGCAGACAAAAGGUGACAGAAGAGAACCAUCAUGGCAUCAGCAAGCCUGCAGUUCUUUGCUUUCAUUCUGGCUUUGUUUGGCGUUUUUGGAGAUAUCGCAGCCACCUUGCUACCUAACUGGAAGGUAAACGCAGACGUUGGCUCAAACAUUAUAACAGCGAUCACACAGAUGCAAGGGCUUUGGAUGGACUGCACAUGGUACAGCACUGGGAUGUUCAGCUGCACCCUGAAAUACUCCAUUCUCUCCCUCCCCGUCUACAUCCAGGCUGCACGGAGCACCAUGGUAUUGUCGUGUAUCCUAUCAGCCUUUGGGAUCUGCAUCACUACGGUCGGAAUGAAAUGCACAAGGCUGGGAGGGGACAACGACAGCAAAAAUAAUGCUUGUUUUGCUGGAGGAAUCUGCUUCAUUCUUGCAGGAAUCUUUGGAUUAGUACCAACAUGCUGGUACACGAGAGAAAUUAUUUCAAAUUUCCUGGACCAGACCAUUCCAGAGAGUAGUAAACAUGAACCCGGAGGAGCAGUUUAUACUGGAUUCAUCUCAGCAGGGUUUCUGCUUAUCGCAGGUGUGAUCUUCUGCUCUUCCUGUUUUAAAAGGCAGCAAGAAGCAUGGAUUUACCCUCCAAAGCAGCACCAUUUCCCAUCCACAGAGCAGGAGAGCAAUGCAGGUUACAGCCUGAAGGACUAUGUAUAAAUAGCUAUUUCUAUCCAUUGAAGUAUUUCUAUUCAUUUGAGGGGUUUUUUUGUGUGUUAAGUGUAGUUUGGUUAUUUCAACAAAUGUGUAACAUAGCACUUAAUCUUUCUUGUAUCUGGGCUGCAGUUAUGUUUAUGCAAGGUAUUUCAUUUAUAGGGGCAUCCACAAAAAGGAAAGAGUAGUAAAAGAUACUUGUCUGCUACAAGAGUACUUUAUUUUGUUGAUUUUUCAAACCCUUCUCUCUGACUUCACAAGUUACACUUAUUGAAGAACAAGAAACUAUUUUAAAAACAUAAUUGACUGUACAUCAAUUUAUACAUCAAUAUCUUUUUACAGCAAAGAUGAUUAAAAACUAACUGCUUUCUGUUUAGUCAAUCAGACUUUCAAUAACAUAUGACAUUUUGUAGUGUAUUCUACAGUUUUAUCUUGAUUUUAUUUGUGAUGCAAGGAAAAAAACCCAGAAACUAUUUGUUCAAGAAGACCAAUUCAAAGGCUUUAAAAACGCAGACGCAUCUGCCUUUCAUUUUCAAUUCUAAAUUGCCUUGGUAACUAGAUUUUGUUAAAAAAAUAAAAAAUACAAAAAAAUCAACCAACCAAAACAAAUCCACAACAAAAGCUCAAGGCUCCAAACUUUAGCUGCACUGUAUACUCUGCAUAUCAGGCUGAAGGAUCAGCAGUACCAUUCAGCUCUUGCCAAACCCAGCUCUCCUGCCCCAAACUGCCACCUGCUGUGGGUUUAAUUUAUUAUUGUUAAAGGAGAGUAUGCUGGAUAGUCACCAACUGCUACUAAUCUAUCACUACACCGUGAAUGUUAGAGAUGAGGAGCAAUACAACAAGAGAAAUGUAACCAUAACUGUGAAAACACCUGCAAACUGCAACAAACAGGAUAGAAACCAAACUAUCUGUGCUCAAGAAACACCUGUAAAUAUUCUGGCUUACCCUUGCUAAAGGCAGUUAUUAACAGCUCAAAUAACACAGUAAUCAUUUAUUGCCUUCUACAUUUCUGACCUUCUGAAAGAACAUUUUAAGUCAUUUUAAUUAUUCCUGUAGGAUCUGUUCCAGGCCCACUCCCAGGUAUUCUAUUACUGUAAAAUGUACUGUAAAAUAUACAACAGUGAUAAAAGAGACAAGCUUAUUUUUUUAACUGCCUUAUUUUGAAUAAUUACCUUAAAUCCUUUAACCUUUUCUUUCACCACACAGAUUUUGUUUUGUAUUGGUCAUUGGUAAAGUAUGUUCUACCUAAAUACUUCCCUAAGUGAGAACCAAAUCAAGAAUGAAUACAGGUAUGAUACAGGCCUUUAAAUUCAGGAAUACAAUUCUGGAGGAGUCUCUCAAUAAAAUCAUCUGCUAUUUAUUCUGAGUAUUUAUACACAACUUCCAUUUCCCACAGUACUAGUCUGAAAUUUGCUAAAAGAACAUGAAGGAGCCUAAACAUGAAAUGUUUAGUAUGUUGGAAAAAGAUGUUUUAUUACAGCAUUUGGUAAAGUGGACUGUUUUAUCCACUUAAUAUGUAAGUAGUCUUUAUUCAUAGAAAGUCUUCAUUUUUCACACACAGAAUCGCAUUAUAUCUUGUUUUUAUUCUACUGCUCUAUUCUACCUAUUUUGAGUUUCCUAUGUUUUAAUCAAGGAGCUUGAUUUGUCCUAUUUCUAAUGCAACUAUUAGCAGUUAUUAGGUAUCACAGAGACUCCAUUGUAACAAAAAGCCAAUUUCUUUUUUUCCUAGACACAAUGUUGUGCAGCACCACUCCAUUAACCAAGAAUCUUUUAUGCCUCAACACUCAUAGAAAUGUUGAAAUAAUAUUAAUGCAUUGAGCAAAUGAGAUAAACAACUCCUUCUCAUAAACAAGCAUCUCCACCUUUAGAAAGGGGUUUGACAUGACACUAAGCUGUGAUCACUACCAUGUAAGUGAGUUAAAUCUAUUUGCAAAAAGUUAUAAUCAAGAGCAUUUUUACAGGAGGGUGUAAGAAAAAGGUAAUAGUGGCAUACCACGAGCACAACAACAAGUUCAUUGGUUACACAUACUGCAAAUUUUUCUUCCUGAAACUUUAUAUAAAGUAGCUGUACUUCAUACAGCUAUGAAACAAAAAUCAAGGACAGAGCCACUUCAUUCACACCAUGCUGCAAGAGCUUUCCAGUAAAACAGAUUCUAUGACAAAAAGUAACAUCUAAAACCAUGUCAGUCUACAGCUAAAAAAACAAGGACAAAACAUGGGAUCAGUCUACAACAGGUGUGUGAAGGAAACAAAAUAAUAGUGAAAACAGGUGCCAAUCCUGUCUGAAAGAAUUCUACUUUCUGCUUCUGCAACAUAAGCAAUACUUGUUUUAACUCAAAAAACACAUUAAAUAAAAAUAUUCCUGCCUUUA